AACGUGAGUGGGUGUGGUUUUUACUUACAAAGAAACAGAAAACCUAACGUUUUCGUCAAAGAACCAGGAAAUGAAACUUGAGUGGGAGGAAACCCUCACAUACGGUAUAGUCCUGCAUUCGUCUGUUACUUUAGCGGCCUAAAUCAUUUGCAAAAUGGCUAGGCCUUAAAAAUAGUUUUGGGGAUUACAGCUCAUUUGUCAGAGGUGUAUUCAGCUGCAGUUUGAUCAUUAUGGCUUUGAAGGGGUACACCAAGCAGAAAAACAAAACAAAUUCACCAUACUACUUAGAAAACAUUCUUGAGACCAAUGAGCAUCCAGAGGAUCACAAAGAAUAUGUGAUGUUCCACGGCACCACAAAAGAGGCUACAGAGUUGAUAAAGAAGAAUGGUUUCACACCAUCAAGAGAAGAACUUGGGCCUGGUGUGUAUGUCAGUCGAGACAUCGGAAAAGCAAUUACAUACCCCCUUGGUGUUUCCAAAUCUAAGAGAAGAGUACUAAAAGUCAAAGUGGAUGUAGGGAAGGUUAAGAUCAUAGACCAGCAGGAUCACCCCAUGCAGGAGACCUGGCAUACCGAGCAUGGAUAUGACACGGCCUGGGUUCCCCCAGGGGUCAGUAUGGUGCUGAGCAACCAACAGGGGAACUGUGUCUACGACCCAAAGAGAAUCAAAGUCAUGCAGGUCAUGAAAGUAAAAGAAAACAACAUAUCUCGACACCGUCAUCUUCAGAGUGGAGUCUCCCCUGAGGACAGCCACGUCUACGUGAUGUACCAUGGAACAUCAAAACAGAUUGCUGUGAAAAUACAGAGAAAUGGAUUCGAACCUUCCAAAGAUGGCAUGCUUGGUGCAGGUGUUUACCUCAGUCGAGACAUCCGAAAAGCCAUUAAAUACCCCAUUGGGGCCGAUGACUCAGACAAGAUGGUUCUGAAAGUGAAGGUGGAUGUUGGCAAGGUUAAGAUCAUUGAUGUGCAGGGUCACGACAGGCAAUACGACUGGCACACAUAUGGGUAUGACACUGCCUGGGUUCCACCUGGUGUUGGCAUGGUGCCGAGCAACCAACAGGAGAACUGUGUCUACGACCCAAAGAGAAUCAAAGUCAUGGCAUUGCUGAAAGUGGCCAUCUUGAAAAAGUUAAACCCCUCACUGGAGGUUGAGUCUUGAAGGUGUAUUCAAGGAGCAUUAGACUUCAUGUUCAUCAGGAUAAGAGGAUGUAACAUGCUGCUAUAGCUACACAUUCAAUAUUGCAUAGGAAUAUGCUAUAUUUUGCCAAAGGCUUGCUGAUUAUUGGCCAUACACCUACUGUAUAUGCAAUUAGUAUAACCUUAUCACAUUUUUAAAAACGAUUCAAUGAUAUUCACUUGACAUAAACAAGCCGUGUAUCAUUGAUCAUAAUUGUUCCGAAUAAUUGUCUCCCUAUAAUAAAUCUCAAAUAAACCUCUAAAAGUCA